CUGCAAAAACCCCCGAGGCCCGAUGCUUCCCGCCAUCACCAUGGAAACAGAGGCCAGUCACAUGCUGGAGGCGGCGCUGGAGCAGAUGGACGACAUCAUUGCAGGGUCUAAAGCAGCGGCGGGGGAGUUCUGCAACAGCGUGUACGACCUGGGUUCUCCCGUCAGUGUCGGCCCGCUGCACGUCGUCCACUUAGCUGAGGAGCUCAAACUGGCUCUGGAGCUCCAGCCCAACCAGGAGGAGCGAGGCGGCCUGAGAGCUCAGUUACACGCCGACACGGCUCGGGCUCUGAUGGACUGGCUGCAGAGCGGAAACGUGAGCGUUCUGACCGACCAGGUGGAGGCGCAGGGAGAGAAGAUCAGAGACCUGGAAAGUUCUCUGGAGGAACAUCGUCAGAAACUGGCCUCCACCGAGGAGAUGCUGCAACAGGAGCUGGUCAGCAGAACUUCUCUGGAGACUCAGAAGCUGGACCUGAUGGACGAGGUGUCCUACCUCAAACUGAAGCUCACGGAGGUCGGCAUGGACGAGAAGGACGGCGACGACGCGCGAGUACAGGACUCUGCGGACGCCAAGCAGAACAAAGCUGAGGUAGGGACUGCAGCGACAUCAUUAAAGCAGGAUUUCUCACCCUAAUUUAACAGCUUCAGAGUCAGAUGUGUUGUCUCCACUGCCCCCUGCUGUCUGUAAGAGGAGAAACACACAACAUCAGGGCCUCCGACCCAGGAGGUCUCAUGAAGUCAAAAGGAUAAAGAGGUAGACGAUGUUUGCGGUUGUGUCAUAAAAAUAUGUCGUCCGAAACUGUAGGGGGAGCUCUGUAGACGUGAAAAGUUCUCUUUUAACCAUUUAAUGAGCAUCAUGAUAAUCAGGCUGUCUGGAUUUAUUUUGAUUUUCUGGCUGUGG